CUUUUCCCAUUUUCUUUCAUCUUCAAGUUUUUACCUCCCUUUUUUAUUUUUAUUAUUAUUUUUAUUAUUUUUAUUUACACAUGAUACCACCUUUGACAGAUAGUCGAGGGCCCUGUGAAAGUAUGACCGGUAGCAACCAUAAUGAUGCUCGACAUAUUCAAUUACAACAAACCAUCUCAGAUUUUGAUCGAAUUGACAUUGGUCAACGCAUAGACAUUUUACCUAGUGAUCUCAAGGGUAUCAAAAGUAUUCUCAUCACUGGUGGGGCAGGAUUCAUUGGUAGUUUUUUGGUACGGAAAUUGGUUGUACUUUAUCCAGAAUAUCAUAUUUAUGUGGUUGACAAGUUGGACUAUUGUGGCUCUUUACAUAAUUUAAAAUCUAUCAAAGAAUUUCCAAACUAUACAUUCAUCAAGGGCGAUAUUACAUCAUCAGAUUUCAUGUCUUUUAUAUUAAAAGAAAAGAAAAUUGAUGUCAUUUUCCAUUUGGCAGCACAAACUCACGUGGAUAAUUCUUUUGGAGAUUCUUUUGAAUUCACCAGGAACAAUGUGAUGGGAACUCAUGUCAUGCUUGAAGCAGCCAAGGUUCACAAAGUCCGUCGAUUUAUCCAUGUUAGUACAGAUGAAGUAUAUGGAGAAGUUGUUAGUAGACCUGAUUGUGCAGAAGAUACCAUGCUGGCUCCGUCCAAUCCUUAUUCCGCUACUAAGGCUGCGGCAGAAUGUUUGGUCAAAGCUUAUUAUAUGUCCUUUGGAUUACCCAUCAUGAUUACUCGAUCCAAUAAUGUUUAUGGUCCUUAUCAGUAUCCAGAAAAAAUCACUUCCAAAUUUGUAUGUAGCUUAUUACGAGGUGGGAAAUGUUAUAUUCAUGGAGAUGGUCAAAAUUCAAGGAAAUAUUUAUAUGCUGCGGAUGUGGCUGAUGCUUUAGAUGUGAUCUUCCAUAAAGGGUUUGUGGGCGAAACAUAUAAUAUUGGCUCUGCAUUUGAAAUUUCUAAUUUAGAACUGGCAAAACGGUUGAUUCGUUUAUUUGGUCACAAGGAAGAAGAUAUACCCCGUCAUUUGGAAUUCGUACAAGAUAGAGCAUUCAAUGAUCAACGUUAUGCUGUAGAUUGUUCUAAACUAGAGAAAUUGGGUUGGCAACCAAGGAUGGCUUUUGAUACUGGACUAUUGAAAACAAUUGAAUGGUAUCGUAGCAGGACGGAUGAAUGGUGGGGUGAUAUAUCAAGUGCACUAGUACCACACCCUUUGAAGGCAUUUCCUACUCAAGAUGGUUCCAAUAUAUAGAUUACAUUAGAUUUGUUGGUUUUUUUUUUUUUUUAUUAAAUAUUAGAUGAAUAGUUUUUAUUUAUAUAAUUGGAUAAUAAAUAUUUAUAUAUAUAUGCAUACAUACACACAUAUAUAUAUAUUGUAUUAGAAAACGAUUCAAAAAAGAGAGAUGAUUGACAUAUAUUACGUAUCAAC